CGUCGCACAGCUUUGCAAGCACAGUCUUCGCCAUGGCACAAAACACAUCCAACUACAAGCUCAGUGCAGCUGCUGGGAACCUGCGUUACAAUGACAUUCUUCCAUACAAAGUGGAGAGCGGUGGAGUAACCCGCGAGUUUCUUCAGAAAGUAAUCGAUGUUCUGUUGGACUUCGUAAACGAUACCAACGACCGAAAUGAGAAAAUCCUGGACUUUCACCAUCCAGAAGAGAUGCAGAAACUCCUGGACUUGCAGGUUCCCAACGAGGGCGUCUCAUUGCAACAACUGGUCCACGACUGUGCUACAACACUCAAGUACCAAGUCAAAACUGGUCAUCCAAGAUUCUUCAACCAGCUGUCUUGCGGCUUGGACUUGGUCUCCAUGGCAGGAGAAUGGCUAACAGCCACCGCAAACACGAACAUGUUCACUUACGAGAUCGCGCCCGUGUUCAUUCUAAUGGAAAACGUCGUUAUGACACACAUGAGAGAGAUUAUCGGCAAAAACUGGGUUAAUGGAGACUCCAUUCUUGCUCCAGGGGGUUCCAUAUCCAAUUUGUAUGCUUUUUUGGCCGCUAGACACAAGAUGUUCCCUAACUACAAAGAAAAAGGAAUCGCCACAAUUCAAGGACAGCUCGUAAUGUUCACGUCUGAUCAGAGUCAUUAUUCCGUAAAAUCUUGCGCAUCAGUAUGCGGUCUUGGUACAGACAACUGCGUAAUGGUCGCUUCCGAUGAGCAGGGUCGCAUGAUUCCUUCAGAGUUAGAACGCUUAGUUGUCGAAAGGAAGAACCGAGGACAUAUCCCAUUCUUCGUUGCAGUUACUGCUGGUACCACAGUUUUGGGGGCCUUCGAUCCCAUCAACGAAAUAGCUGAUAUUUGCGAGAAAUAUGGAAUGUGGUUACACGUUGAUGCUGCUUGGGGAGGCGGUUUACUGCUAUCCAAGAAAAACAGAAACCCAAGACUCUUAGGAGUAGAACGGGCCGAUUCUGUAACAUGGAAUCCACACAAACUCAUGGGAGCUUUACUUCAAUGCUCCACCAUACAUUUUAAGGAAGAUGGCCUAUUGAUGAGCUGCAACCAAAUGUCGGCCGACUACCUCUUCAUGCAAGACAAACUCUACGACAUCAAAUACGAUACCGGCGACAAAGUCAUCCAAUGCGGUCGCCACAACGACAUCUUCAAGUUGUGGUUGCAAUGGAGAGCAAAGGGAGAUCAUGGUUUUGAAGAGCACAUGGACCGUCUUCUUGAGUUAACUGAUUUUAUGGUGAAGAGAAUUAGGGAUCAACCAGACAAAUUUUACUUAAUUCUCGAACCCGAGUUAGUUAACGUUAGUUUUUGGUACAUUCCCACAAGACUACGCAGAAUGCCCCACUCACCAAGCAGGGAACAGGAAUUGGGAAAGAUGUGCCCAAUCCUGAAAGCACGAAUGAUGCAAACAGGAACAUUGAUGGUGGGUUACCAACCCGACGACAGAAGACCAAACUUCUUUAGGAACAUCAUUUCGUCAGCUGCAGUGACUGAAAAAGAUAUCGACUUUUUACUGAACGAGAUGGACCGUUUGGGACACGACCUCUAAGUAUUUUAAAGCGAAAAGUUAUUUAAUGAGUAUUUUAAUUAUAAGAUGUUUUAUUGUAUUUCCAAGUUAAAUUUUCUCUCAAAAUACUUCUUAGUUAAGAAAUAAGGAUAGUAUAUAAAAUGUUAUUUGUUAAAAUGUUUAUUAUACCUAAAUUGAAAUUUAUUGGUCAAUAAA